AUGGUCGAGUUUUGGGACAUGGUCGGGAAGGCGGCCAACCUGCUUCAGCUAUUCGGAGGGGACGCCAUCACGCUCAUCACCCUCGUCGCGAGCUGCUUCUGGCAGUUUCAUGAGGUUAAGAAGGAAUGCCGGAAGCUGGAGGACAGUGUGCGGAUGCUCCGGCUGCUCCUGCUCUCGCCAGCCGGCUGCUGGAUCAUGCAGCAGCAGAACUUGGAGCUGCUGGGGCAUCUCGUGACCAAUGCACUCAUGGACGCAGACGACCUCGUCCGGUCCUGCAGCGAGAGCACGCCGUCUUUGCGUGUCCUGAGGGGCAGGGGCAUGUCCAGGCAGUUCCGCGAUCUGCGCAAGAGCAUCGACUCCUAUUGUUGCCUCAUCCUCUCCAUCAACGGCUUCCUCCUCGUCGUGCAAGCCAACCCUCCUCCUCCGUCCUCGCUUGUCAGGACUCAGGUGAACCAUGUAACUGUUGCUGGUUUCCAGUCCAACAGAAACAUUGAACCAUUAGGUAUUCUAUUUUCUGGCGUGCAGCAUUUCUGA